GGGAGCUGAGGCUGAAAGAUAACUUCUAGAAUGGAAACUGACAUAGCAAAGAUAUUUUGCAAGGCAGAAGACUUAGCUUCAGACUCUCAGAUAUUCAAGAGUAAACACUUUAAAAAAGCCAAAUCUUCUGAUACGUGCAAUCAAAUAAACAAUUCCAAUGGUAUUUCAUGCAGAGUUUGCAAAUAUUUCUGUCACAGGAAAUGUGAACCAAAGGGUUCCAGCAGUUUUUUAAGAAAUUCAUCUCUCCAUUGUGACAAAAUAUCUCAAAGUACAAAUUUUGCCUGUAUUAUGGAGGAAAGUUAUGAACUGGAUCUCACUUACGUUACUGAAAGAAUCAUUGCAGUAUCAUUCCCAGGAAACUGCUCAGAGGAAAUUUAUCUAAACAACUUCCAAGAUGUAAUUGGUAUGCUUAAAUCCAGACAUGGUGGCAACUACAUGGUACUGAACCUCUCUGAAAGAAGAUAUGAUUUUGCUAAGCUUGACCCAAAGAUUAUGGAAGUGGGCUGGCCUGACUUCCAUGCCCCAUCCCUUAAUAAGAUAUGCAACAUCUGCAAGGCUAUGGAAUCCUGGCUGAACAGUCACCCUCAACACGUUGUGGUGAUCCAUUGCCGAGGUGGAAAAGGAAGAAUAGGGGUAGUGAUCUCAUCAUACAUGCACUUCACAAAUCUAUCUGCAAGUGCAGAUCAAGCCCUGGACAGAUUUGCAAUGAAGAAAUUUUUUGAUGAUAAUGUUUCCGAUUUGAUGCAACCAUCCCAGAAAAGAUAUGUGCAGUUUUUGAGUGAUCUUCUCUCUGGAUUGGUAAAAAUGAACACAAACCCUCUAUUCUUACAUUAUGUUAUUCUGCAUGACAUCUCAAACUUUGGUAUUAGUGGAGGUUGUCAACCAUUUCUGAAAUUGUAUGAGGGCAUGCUGCCAGUUUAUACAUCAGGAGUAUAUAGCACAGGGUUAGAGAAGCAAAGCAGAGCCUGCAUUGCAAUUGAACCAGCCCAGCUAUUAAAAGGAGAUAUAAUGCUCAAGUGUUGCUGUAAAGAGUACCAGUAUGGCAUUCGGAGUGAUGUUUUCCGUCUGCAGUUUCACACAGGCGCUGUUCAAGGAUAUGGCCUAAUAUUUAACAAAGAAGACUUGGAUGAUGCAAACAAAGAUGAUCAUUUUCCUGAAAAUGGAAGAGUUGAAUUGGUAUUUUCGAGUUCCCCAGAAAAAACUCCAGUGCUGCACUCCCAUGGUCCGAUUGAUGGCAGCCUUUAUGCUAAGGUGAGGAAAAAAAGCUCGUCUGAUGCCAGCAUUCCCAGCAGAAUCAAAGGUGCCACAAAUAAUAACUCUGAUCAUAGUGAUCAUACCCUAUCUGUGAGUAGUGAUUCAGGACAUUCUACAGCUUCUGUAAGGACAGAAAAAACUGAGGAACAUCCUCCAGGAAUAAAACGAAUCUUGAGUCCCCAGGAAAAGGAAGAACUUGAUCAAUUGCUUAGUGGCUUUGGCCUAGAGAACUCAAUCAUUCCGCUCAUGGAAAUGACUGAUGCCCAAAGCAAAUAUAGUGAGACCUGCAACAAAGUGCCAGCCCAAGUUCAUGUGAAUGGAGAUGUCAAACACAAGGAAAGAGAGACAGAUAUUCUAGAUGAUGAGAUGCCCACUUAUGAUCUUCACAGCUUGGAUAGUUUUGGAACAUUGUCUUCCUCUGAAGGUCAGCAAUCUAACCACCUUGGGAAUUUGAGCUGCCAUAAGAGUUAUCAGAAUUCCCUCCUGUCAGAUGGCUUUGGAAGUAAUACUGGAGAGGAACAUCAUAACAUUCUGGCUGCAGAUCUGGGAAUUAAUGUUGACUCUAUGUAUGAAAGGUCCUUUGGAAGGAUUGAUACAAAAAGUUGUCAGCAGCUGUCAAAGAAUCCUCCAGUUUCCACCCAUUCAUCCUAUAGUGCCAGUAGCUAUUCAACCCAGACAUGGGUGCGCCAACAACAAAUGGUAAUUGCUAAUCAGUAUAUCAAUACUCCAGAGAAUGAAGUUGGAUUUGGUAUUCAUAACAUAGUUGCAAAUGUGGGCAACCUGGAAAAUCAAGCCAGAGUUCCAAAUACACUUCUCCAAAGCUCCAGCAGUAGAAGUGAGGUACAAAGGAGGCUUGGGAGUAUAUCAUCUUCUAGUAAUGUGGUUGAAACAUCUGAACCAAAGGUUUCUAAAUUAAGGUUUCUCUCUGAAAAUGGUGGAAAUAACAAUGAAUUGAAACAGAAUACAAGAAGCAGUGCUGGAGUUUUGCCAUCUUCACCAACUUUGGAUAUUGAUCAGUCAAUUGAACAGCUAAACAGACUAAUUUUGGACCUGGACCCAACAUUUGAGCCGAUUCCUACCCGCAUCGGUGCUGCCACCAGGGAUUCAGAUCAACUGAAUGACUUGGUUAGUCAUCAAAGAGAUGAAGAAAGGCUUGGGAUGGGCUCUAGGUUCCAUGUGAAAACUGAAGUCUCUAACAUAAAUUCAUCUCAGCAGGGUUUUCAAGAUGAUGGUAUAUUAAAUGGAAAAAACAAGAAGUUAAAUCCUGAAUCUUAUGACAAUGAUAUCUCAACACAGUCAAUAUGCAGAAAGUAUAGAUGGACAAAAUCUGAUGUCCCUGACCAUUCUUUAGGACAGGACUUAGCCUCUGCAGUAAAAACCAAAGAGAUGGGUAUUGUAAGUUAUUUGGAAAACCCAAAUGAAGAAGAUGGAAAAAUUUUCUCACCCAGCAAGAAUACAACAGUUCCACUUACUCCAGCAUUUCCUGUAUCACCAGAGGCUACCUAUGUUAAAACUCCCUUGCAAUACCAACAACUGAAUCCAACUGAUCAUGACACCUAUGUCCCAUCAGAGAAUUGCAGAACUGAUUUUGAACCCCGAGGUUACAUAGAAGACCUUAAUCACUCCACUGUGAUAUCUGACAAUUCAAGAACUCCAAAUCCAUCCUUGUUGCAGGCUGGCAUUGAAUCGGUUCCUUCCCAUCAUCGGCCUUUUGCAGCUACAUGUUCAGUUUCAAAUGAUACUAUUAUUUCAAGAAAAGAGAGUUCAACAGAUGAACAUAUUUGGCAUCAAAACAAUUCUCAGCCUUCCUUGAUGCCCCAGUUUCCAGAAAUGAGUAACAUCAAUAUAGGAAGUUACCUCAUGUCUCCAGAUCUUUCUGUUCCUGAGCAAAAUGAUUUAUACUUCCAGAGAAAAGGACUUCAGCCUGGGAUACUUAACAAUCUAGCAAAUAUAACAGCUCUGCCACAACAGGACCUUACAGUUUGUGAUGGCAUCCAAACUUUUCAGAAUUAUGAUGAGACUGUUGCUAACAGUAACCAGUUAGUGGAAGAAAAAAACCUUUCUUUUAUGGCAAAUGCAGAUGAGUCUCCCAAAGUAAUAAAAUCUAUGGUGGGCAGUAAUUGUUUGCCACAUACCUGUCUUGUAUCAUCUUCUGGAUAUACUAGUCAGCAAAUUCAGGGAUUGCAAAUGUAUCCAGAAACCCCUCUUCCUGAGAAGAAAAGGGUUUCUGAGGCAGAAUGUUCUUUUGGCUCUGUUUCGCCUUCAAGUGUUUUCUCCAGCCCACAUAGUGGAAGCACUAUCAGAAUUCCAUUUCCAAAUGUUCUUCCAGAUUUCUCUAACGUUGGAAACCCACCACCAGUGUUAGAAAAUAUGGGUGAUAAACACGUAACUGUAAAUUUUGUUCAAGAUACUUCCAAAUUUUGGUAUAAACCAGAGAUUUCAAGAGAACAAGCUAUUGCUGUCCUGAAGAAUAAAGAAGCUGGAUCAUUCAUUGUCCGUGACAGUCAUUCCUUCAGAGGUGCCUAUGGUUUGGCCAUGAAGGUUGCUAUACCUCCUCCUUCAAUAUUACAGUUAAACAAAAAAGUUGGAGAUACUUCCAAUGAACUUGUGAGACAUUUUCUGAUUGAGUGUACCCAGAAAGGAGUGAGAUUGAAAGGAUGUCCCAAUGAGCCAUAUUUUGGAAGUUUGACAGCUUUGGUGUAUCAACAUUCCAUUACCCCUCUGGCAUUGCCUUGCAAGCUACUCAUCCCAGACCAAGACCCUCUGGAUGAGAUUUCUGAAGCCUCCACACAAACCGCUGUAAAUUCAGCUGCAGAGCUUUUGAAACAAGGAGCAGCCUGCAACGUUUGCUACCUGAAUUCUGUUGAAAUGGAAUCUCUAACAGGUCAUCAAGCUGUGCAGAAGGCUUUGACCUUAACUUUAAUUCAAGAGCCUCCUCCCACCUCUACUGUAGUGCAUUUCAAAGUGUCUUCACAAGGUAUUACACUGACAGACAAUCAGAGGAAACUUUUUUUCAGAAGGCAUUAUCCAGUCAGUAGUGUUAUUUUUUGUGCUUUGGAUCCACAAGACAGAAAAUGGAUAAAAGAUGGUCUGUCAGCAAAAGUAUUUGGCUUUGUUGCAAGGAAACAAGGUAGUGCAACUGAUAACGUUUGCCAUCUGUUUGCAGAGCAUGAUCCAGAACAGCCUGCCAGUGCUGUUGUAAACUUUGUAUCAAAGGUCAUGAUCGGUUCCCCAAAGAACUGAAGGCCUCCUGUUUUACAGCUCUGUUGAACUUGCAAGGAGAACGCGUAUAUUCAGAUGAAAGCUUUGUGGCCCUCAGCAGUUCCUCCAGUGACAUUCCAUCUAUAAAAUAAGAAAAGGGUGCAUUUUACAUUUCAGUAAUAUCAACUGACCAUUUAAACAUCUGACAUCAAACUAGGAUUAAGCAAAUAAGGGAAUAGGAGACUUGCAAGGCCCUGAACACCAUUUCUGAACAAAUAUUUUAAAAUAUCUAAAGCAUUAAAGUUAAGAAAAUUGAAAUAUGCUUUUCUGAUUUUUAACUUGUGAUGGGACAGAAUGUGGGAGAAUGGGCAUUCACCUCUUUGGGCAGGUUCUUAUGUGGAGUUUUUGCUAGAAUUUUGUAAAG